AGCAUACACACCAGUAUGAAAUAAAUGGCGUUUUUCGGAGCCCAGUCUCAUGGGCAGCUCUCAAACGGAUUGUUUGGGAAUAAUACCCAAAACACAUCCACAAACAGCUCAUUCUUUGGUAAUAAUACUGCCACCACUCCGAACUUCGGAAACACAGCAAAUAAUGCAGUUGGAUUUGGGUCUACAAUUACACCCGCAGCUGGAUUCGGACAGAAUAAUGCAUUUGGAACACCCAGUACAGGGUCCAACUUUGGUGGAGUAACGGCGGCGUCAUCUUUCGGUGGUAAUACCAAUACAUCAGGCUUCGGAACGAAUUCCGCAUUUGGAUCAAACGUUAAUUCAGGUUUCACAAAUGGAUUUGGAAGUCAAAGCACUGGAUUUGGUGGACAAAGUAAUACUGCCUUCGGAUUCGGAUCAGGCAAUACUACGUUCGGAUCCAGUGUAACGUUUAGUACAGCCCCGUUCACAUCAAAUAAUUUUGGGCAAUCGCAAAAUAAGACAACUUCUUUUACAUCAACCGCGUUCGGACAAAGUUCUGGAGUAAAACCAAUAUCAGAACAAUCAAACACCCUGUUUUCGCAAGGUUUUGGCGCGGGAUCUUUGAACAAUACAGCACAAGGUUUCAAUACGGGAUCGUUUACUUCUAAUGGUUUUGGGCAAAGCACCAAUACCAAUCAGGGGUUCGGCAGCAGUGCUAUCGGACAAAAUAAUGUGUCGACUACCUUUGGAUCUUCUGGUUUUGGAUUGAACAAUUAUAAUAGUGGUGGAUUCGGUGGUAAUAAGAGUGGAUUCAGUACCACUGGGUUUGGACAGAAUGCACAAAACAAUCUUGCCACUACAAGCCCAUUUGGCAAUAGGAACGCCACCUCCCCGUUUGGACAAAAUACGUCACCAUCAUUCGGGCAGCCAAACUCCACGUUUGGUACAACGGGAUUUGGUCAAAGCAAUACAUCUUUUGGAAGUACCGGUUUCGGGCAAAAUAAUACAACCGCAUCUUUUGGAAGUACUGGGUUUGGACAAACACAACCGUCUAUAUUUGGUAGUAAUUCUGGAAUUGGGCAAUCGACCAAUACUACCCCUUUUGGCCAAACACAGGGAUUUAACACCGGUCCUUUCACUUCUAAUGGAUUUGGAACAAAUAACAGUAGUUCCGGUUUUGGCAAUAAUGCAACAGGAUUCAGCACUACUGGAUUUGGACAAAACAGCACAUCUACUUUUGGAAACCAAGCGUUUGGGAAUACAACCACAUUCGCAGGUUUCAAUACACAAUCAAAUGCAAACGAAGUCAAGGCGACCUUGUUUCCAAUGAAUAACGGAAUUUUGGCAAUGGCGGAAACGCCAAAAAUUGAACCGCUCAGCUUGCCAUGUAAUGCAACAUUGGAACCAUGGAUGGAACAAGCAUACGCAGCACCGAAAUUCGAAGAGGGAAGAAUACCAGAAAUACCACCCAUAGUGUGAUCACUUC